CUUUGCGCAUGCGCCGAGUGGUGCCGUGGCAAGCUGUGUUCAGGUUGCACAGGUAUGAUAAGGUAAGGACAGCAGCCCCUCUCUCACGCAUAUUUGUCUGACCUCUUUCAAUGCAAUGUGCUCCGGGAAAGCGUGGGCAGUGUUUUCCAUAACAGACAGGCCGCGUCCACGCACGGCCUCACGCUGCAUCGAAGAACUCUACCCACGUUGACGCUGGACGCUAGCAAGUACACAGGCGCACUGCCGCCUACUCGAUCAGCUACAACAACACGAUGAGCGCUAGUUUGGCCUACAACCUCAAGGGUGUCACUCUGCUUCGUCUAGCCAUUAUUUUCCUUAUCUUGGUUGGCUUGUUCCUCUACCACGACCAAUGGCUCCCUGACAACUUAGCAUACACCACACAGCCUGCUACACUUGGCACGCCCACCGUUGGGCACUCAACGACCUCGCAUGAAGGGAACGUUGCCGAGACAUCGAGCUCGGCGUCAGGGUCCUGCCAAGAUGUACCGGGAGCCGACAAAGUGCUUGUUAUGCUCAAGACUGGCGCUACUGAGUUAUAUCAAAAGCUGCCAACACAUUUCGUAACAACAUUAACUUGUGUACCGCACUUUAUGAUCUUCUCCGACAUGGCGCAAGACUUCGCGGGAUACCCGAUUCAUGAUGCGAUCGCUUCGGUCGGUAAGCAGUAUCGGGAGCACCAUGGCGACUUUGAGCUGUACCGCAGACUGCAACAGUACCAGCGAGAAGGUCAGGAUAUGGGUAAGCUCAAGGGUGAUGGUGGAUGGAACUUAGAUAAGUGGAAGUUCUUACCGAUGCUACAUCAAGCAUUUAAAAGCGCGCCUGACCAGAUCCAAUGGUUCGUUAUGAUUGAGGCCGAUACGAGUGUGUCGUGGCCUAACCUUCUACUGUGGCUGAAGACCAUGGACCCGAGGAAGCCGUACUACCUCGGCGCGCAGAACGUUGUUGGAGACACUACCUUCGGUCACGGCGGGAGUGGACUCGUCUUCUCCCGCAAGGCUGCAGAUUUGCUUGUGCGGAAAAGGGAGUCGAUGGGCAAGGAAGCCUACGACGAGAAGUGGGAAGAGCUUACAAGCACGUCAUGCUGCGGCGAUGAAGUCGUCGCUCGUGCGUUCCAGGAAGCUGACGUCGCACUCACACCAGCCUGGCCGCGUAUUCAAGGAGAGACGGUAAGCACCAUAGACUGGACUGAUAAUCACUGGUGUUCCGUGGCAAUCACCUGGCAUCACGUCACUCCGAUCGAAGUCGACAGCCUGUUUCAGUUUCAGAUGUCGUGGGUCGACGAUCACGGCUGGGAUACGCCCUAUCUCUUCCGCGAUGUCUUUGAGCACUAUAUCGAGCGUCACAUCAGUGUAAACCGCACGAACUGGAACAACAUCUGCCAAGACCAGAGGUUUAUCUCGGAGUCUCUGGCUGGGGCCGAGGACACAAACUUCUAUGACCUAGAAGACUAUGAGCAGGAAUCUGUAAACUCUGCCGAUGCUUGCGCGGCAGCAUGUGCGCGAAAGCGUGAGUAUGAGUGCGUACAGUGGAUGUGGUCGCCUGGUCGCUGCUACCUGGGCAAGGACAUCCGGUUGGGGCGGAGUGAUGCACCGUACGAUGAGCAUUGGACGAGUGGAUGGAUGAUGGACAGGGUGCAAGCGUUCAAGCAGAAGUUUGAGCAGUGUAAAGUGAAGUGGUCGGGUUGAGGUUCACUGUCCGAGCGUUUCUGUUUUGUAUGAGUUCAGCGCCACGAGACGCUUCGCAAUUCCAAGUGCUGGAAGCGAACGAUCUGUAUAGAUCUCAUUAGCAUGUACUUAGAGCUGGAAACUGCCACAUCUGAAAACGAAGAAUCUGCGAUAGUGCAGAAGUGCUGCCUCAUC